GAUGCAAUGAGACGUGAUAUCACGAUCCAUGUGUUUUUUUAUAAUAUUCAUAAUGAUCAAAUCAAAGAUCACACUGAAUUAGGGCUUGAAGAUUUAAAGAAUGGCCUGAUUAGAACACCUUUACCUUCUUUAGAAACAUUUCAAGAUGAUCCAGUUAGAUUAUCACAUUGCAUUAUGUUGUCAAGUCGAUUUGGUGAUCAAAUCAUUCAAGCUGCUCAAUCUGAUCAAAUCACUGUGAGGAUCUUCAUCCCAUUCUCACCCAAAAUAAUCUAA